GUAGGUCCAUCAUGUCCAUCGUUCUUUCAUCCGGCGUCUCUUUGCUGCCACUUUCAGCCACCAAGGGCACUGGCGCCAUACUGAAAGCAUCCGAUGAUACUUCGCUGACCUCGCUGUGUUCGGUGUUGAGGGACAAUCGCAGUGAGCUGCUUGCACUGUGGCGGACGUGUGGCGCCAUCUUGGUGCGGGGCUAUCAAGUCAAAACUGCCGAGGACUUCGAAAAGGCCGCAUCGACUCUCUGUCAUCUCCUGGACCGAUACCCUGGUGAGGAGGAAGACAUGGCUGAAGCAACGAUGGAUUCAUUCAUGCUGUGUAUGCCUUCUUCUUCCAUCAGGCAAUGCGCCUCGCAAUAAAGUGACUCAGUACGUCUGGACCAGCACCGAACUGCCGCACUAUCUCCCCAUUCCAGCACAUGCAGAGCUCUCGUACGUUCCCAAGUGAGUGGGCGGACAGGGGCAGGGACAUUUGCUCGGCCCUAGCGUGCACACAUAUCGGUUGUGUUGGUGCCAGGGCCCGUCCCGCUGCUAUCCUCUUUUUCUGUGAGCAGCCGAGCACAUCGUUCGGCCAGACGCCCAUCGUCCGGCUCACUGACGUGUGGAAGAGCCUGCCCUUGUGGCUUCAGGACAAGUGAGCAGGACACACACCUGCACACGGAGGUGCACCGGCUGCAUGGAAGCUUGUGUGCCCGUCUGGUGUGCUGUGGUGUGGUGUGGUGUGGUGUGUCAGGUUGGAGCGCAAGGGCGGCUUCAUAAGCGUACGGAGGGCCGACGCCAAGGGCGUCAGGUCAGCACCCACACACACGCGCGUGCCACACCAUGCGAGCGCACGGAUGUAUGUAUUUUCUUCUGUUGUCAGAGUAUUUGACUUCAGGAGCCGGGGCAAGCCAACCAAGACGUGGCGGGCCAUCUUCGAGACCGAUGACCCAGCUGAGGUGGAGAAGCAGUGCCACCAGGACGGCGUGGCCGUCGAGUGGAAGAACGGCCAGAAGGGCGGCGAUGCACUGCUCAAGACGCCCUUCUCCGCUACUCGCAUGGUCGACGGCACGAAGGCAUUCAGCGGGUGGUUCGCGAACUUCAUCCCAGCCGGCGCCGUGAUCGACUCCCUGUUCGUGGCCAUGCACACGCGCCGGGCCAGGGACGUGCUCACGAGUGUGCUGCUGGCCGUCAAGUGCGUCAUCCAGAUGGUGGUCCAUGCCAUGUGGCCGUCGCAGCGGCUGUCACACAGCACGUAUGCCGACGGGAGUGAGAUCCCGUUGUGGGACAUUUUCUGUAUUGUGCGGGCGCACUGGAAGCACUAUGUGGUGCUCAGCUGGGAGAAAGGCGACGUGCUGUUUGUGGACAAUGACGUGUGUGGGCACGCGAGGCUGCCGUUCGACCCGCCCAGACGCAUUCUCACUGCAAUCGCAUGAUAGACAGAGAGAGAGAGAGAGAGAGACCCGCACACACUGUGGGAGGGGAUGGACCCAUUGCAUGUGCGUGUGUGGCGUGUGGC